CAAUGGGCUGGCAAGAAACCUGCCAUGUUUCUUUAUAACCUUGGGCUCUGUCUAUGAGCACAUGUAGAGGCAUCUUAGCAUAUCACCUCUCCUGGGCUUUUUGCUCCCUGGAAAUCACUCUGUCUCUCUAUCUGCUGGCCACGCUGCUUUGUUUCCUUGAAUUCGUGUCACGCGGACACCUGGACACUUGUGGAUGUGGAAGUGAACAAUGUCGAGGCCCAAGGGACUGUUAUGGCUCCCAUUGUUCUUCACGCCAGUCUGCGUCAUGCUAAACUCCAAUGUUCUACUGUGGAUAACUGCUCUUGCGAUCAAGUUCACACUGAUUGACAGCCAAGCACAAUAUCCUGUGGUCAAUACUAAUUAUGGCAAGAUCCGGGGCCUACGAACACCGUUGCCCAAUGAGAUUUUGGGUCCAGUGGAGCAAUACUUGGGGGUACCCUAUGCUUCACCUCCCACUGGAGAGAGGAGAUUUCAGCCUCCAGAACCCCCAUCAUCAUGGACUGGGGUUCGAAAUGCUACCCAGUUUGCUGCUGUGUGUCCCCAGCACCUGGACGAGAGGUCUUUAUUGCAUGAUAUGCUGCCCAUCUGGUUUACAGCCAAUUUGGAUACUUUGAUGACCUACGUUCAAGAUCAAAAUGAAGACUGCCUUUACCUAAACAUCUAUGUGCCCACAGAAGAUGGUAAAGAGUAAUGCAGA